AUGUAUUUGACUUGCAAGCUACCUAACGCUGAUACAAAUGUAACGAAGCCAGAUUUUACUAUAUUAUGUGGUCCUGAUAAAUAUCCUGUUCCUAAACUCAACGCAAUGCUCUGUUCUACGGUAAUUAGCAAAAGACUUAUGGAAAAUCCUCAAAUUAGCAUGCUCAAAUUGUCUGAAGAAUACAAUAAAGAAAAUCUCGCUCUAAUAACUGACUACAUCUGGGGAAAACCAAUAAAAAUUACACCUUCAAAUGCAGUUCAAAUGAUUAAUCUCGGCAUUGAAUUCGGAUCUACCGGUAUCAUUGAAUGCAGUAAUAUUAUUUAUGAAGCAGUAUCUACAAUUAGUGAAAUAAUUAUGUAUCUUUCUCAAGUUCCAUAUGAGCCAUACUGCAAUUUUGCAGCAAAGUAUCUUCAGUAUUUCUUAAUUGUUGACAAAUUUUCUGAUUUACCACACGAAACAAUCAAUAAAAUACUCGAUCAUUCAUAUCUUGGUCUUCGUAGUGGCCAAAGUCUAAUUAAUUGGCUUCUUGCUUAUCAGGAUAAAUGUGUAAAGAAACAUAAUAUACCAAAAUCAGAAACUUAUUAUCUUUUUAGAAAUGUAUCUUUAAAUUUCAUCACUAACAAUGUAGAGAGGCAACAUUUCGUUAUUGAACACCCAGAAGCAGCAAAAGAAAUGAAAAACAUACCAAUUCCAUAUCUUCACCUUCCUUCAGGCGAUGAAGAAGGAUUUAGGAAGCAUAUCACUACAAUGAUAACAGAUUAUACUAGAAAGAUCUUUUAA